AUGAAGUUCACAGCUAUCUUCUUCACCCUCAUGGCUGCCACUGCCGUCAGUGCUUCAGUCCUAGAUACACGCGACACCUGCGGAAGUGGCUACGAUCCCGCCCAAAGACGCACAAACAGCCCUUGCCAAUCGUCUAACGGAGACAGACACUUCUGCGGUUGCGAUAGGACCGGUAUUGUCGAGUGCAAAGGUGGAAAGUGGACAGAGGUUCAAGACUGUGGCAGGAACUCGUGCCACGGUGGCACCGAGGGAGGAGCCAAGUGCUAG